AUGUCUCACGAGGAGGAUCUCAUUGACUACUCCGAUGAGGAGCUCCAGACGACCGAUGCGGCAGCCACCACGACGACGACGACGACGACGACUGCCACUGCCGCUCCGUCGAACGGAGCAGCUCCGACCAAGAAGGGUGACCUGACCGUCACUGGAGGUCGUCCGGACAAGAAAGGCAGCUAUGUCGGUAUCCACUCGACCGGUUUCCGCGAUUUCCUGCUCAAGGGAGAGCUUCUACGUGCCAUCACCGAUUGCGGUUUCGAACAUCCAUCGGAGGUUCAGCAAGUCUGUAUCCCGACUGCUAUUCUGAAUGUCGACGUCCUCUGCCAAGCCAAGUCUGGUCUUGGUAAGACCGCAGUCUUCGUCUUGACGACCCUGCACCAGCUCGAGCCCGUUCCUGGAGAGUGUCAGGUCCUGGUUAUGUGCCACACCCGCGAGUUGGCCUACCAGAUCAAGAAUGAGUACGCGCGUUUCAGCAAGUACCUGCCUGAUGUCAAGACCGCCGUCUUUUACGGAGGCACGCCGAUGCAGAAGGACAUCGAGCUGCUCUCUAAUAAGGACACGUACCCCAACAUCGUGGUCGGAACUCCGGGUCGUCUGAACGCCCUGGUUCGGGAGAAGAAGCUGUCUCUCCGCAACAUCAAAUGCUUCGUUCUCGACGAAUGUGACAAGAUGUUGGAUCAGAUUGACAUGCGCCGUGACGUUCAGGAGAUCUUUCGCGCCACGCCUGCCGACAAGCAGGUCAUGAUGUUCAGCGCCACUCUUUCACAGGAGAUCCGGCCGGUCUGCAAGAAAUUCAUGCGGAACCCGCUGGAGGUUUACGUGGAUGAUGACACGAAACUCACCCUCCACGGUCUCCAGCAAUACUACAUUAAGCUCAGCGAAUCUGAAAAGAACCGGAAGCUCAACGAUCUCCUGGACAGCCUGGAGUUCAACCAGGUCAUCAUUUUCGUCAAGAGCACGGUGCGCGCAACCGAGCUUGACAAGCUGCUGCGCGAGUGCAACUUCCCAAGUAUCGCGGUGCACUCGGGUGUCAGCCAGGAAGAACGUAUCAAACGCUACAAGGAAUUCAAGGAGUUCAACAAGCGUAUCUGCGUUGCCACUGACGUGUUCGGCCGUGGUAUCGAUAUCGAGCGAAUCAACCUUGCCAUCAACUAUGAUCUGCCCGCGGACGCAGACUCGUACCUGCACCGUGUGGGUCGUGCCGGUCGGUUCGGUACCAAGGGUCUGUCCAUCUCGUUUGUGAGCAGCGAGGAGGACGAGAGGGUCCUGAAGGAGAUUGAGAAACGUUUCGAAGUGGCUCUUCCCGAGUAUCCUGAGGGCGGAGUUGACGCCAGCACCUACAUGGCGUGA